AUGGGUUUCGUUACCGGCUUUACUGGUGGCGUCACCUUGACCCUCUCCCUGGCUUAUCUCUCCGUCCUCGCACACCAGCGAAAUCGCGAGCAACAAGGCCGAUCUUUACGCGCUCAAGCCCUCGCCAUCCAGAGCCUCAUCGACCCCAUCCCUCAACCGUUACCGCCUACCCGAUCUGAAGUCGCUGCCGCCAAGCGAGCCGAGGCUGUAGAAGUUGCCAAGGAGCGAUGGAAUGAAGAGGUUGAAAACGCUGUGAAAUGGGUACAGCACACUGACUGGGAAGAAGUCCGCGAGGGUCUCGAGGACCGCAUUGGGGCCUUGUGGGAUACGCUUUUCGGAGAAUCAAUAGAAGAUAGCGCCGCCAAAGCGAAGAGCGAGGUCCAGUCCCUGUCGCACAAGGCCAAGAUGGACGCAGACGGCGCGGCAAGCAAAAUUGCCUCCAGGGCAAAGGGGGCUUUCAAGCAAGCCAAGGUGGAAGGAGAAGAUUUCGAGGCCAAGGUCAAGGAUAACGCUCUGCAAGCAAGACUGGCUGCUUGGAGGGAAGCCCAAAGGGCUGAGAACGAGGCCCGACAAAAGGCAUCAGAGGCUGGAGGUGCUCUCGCUUCAACGCUGGAAAAGGGCAAGGAGAAGGCUACCGAAGUUGUGGGCAAGGUUAAAUCGGCCGUUGGUCUAUCAGGUGCUGGUGCCGCUCCUGGAUCGGUUGGCCUCCUGGGUGUAAGCCCUGUUUCAAAGGCUCUGGAUCAGAGAUUUGAGAGAACCGGCAAUGAUAAGCGUACUGUCGCGCAAGUGUUGAAGGAGAGGUAUACUCAAAUGGAUAAGCGUGACAACACGGUUCUUAGGGGAUUAUAG